AUGCAGGAGCAGACGACCCCCAGCCCUGACGCAACGGAGCCCACCGCCACCACCGACUUCUACGACGGGUCCUCCCUCUACUCGUGGGAGGACGGCGUGCUGCCCGAGCUCUGCGAGAAGCAGGCGGUGCAGGGCUUCGCCCGCACCUACCAGCCAGCUGUCUACCUGCUGCUCUCGCUGCUGGGCAUCGUGGGGAACGGGCUGGUGCUGCUCACGCACACCCGCUACCGCCGGGCACACAGCAUCACCGACGUCUGCCUCCUGCACCUCGCCCUGUCCGACCUCCUGCUGCUCCUGACGCUGCCUUUUGCUGCCAUCGACACACUGCAGGGCUGGUUCCCGGACACGGCUGCCUGCAAGGUGCUGCAGGGCCUCUACGCCCUCAACUUCUAUAGCGGCUUUCUCUUCCUCACCUGCAUCAGCAUGGACCGCUACGUGGCCAUCGUGCAGGUGCCGGCUGCCUACCGCCUACGCCCACGGGCUCGCCGCCAUGGCUGGCUGACGGCAGGGCUGGCCUGGCUGCUAGCCAUGCUGCUGGCCCUGCCCCAGUUCAUCUAUGGCCAAGCCGAGCAGCACCAGGACCUCUGGCUCUGCCGCGUCGUCUUCCCCCGGGCAGUGUCACGGGUGGCCCGGGGUGCCACCAACUUGGUACAGGUCGUGCUGGGCUUCGUAGUGCCCUUCCUGGUGAUGGCGAGCUGCUACACGGCCGUGGCCCGGACGCUGCUGGCGGCCCGCGGCGCUCAGCCCCAUCGAGCGCUGCGGGUGCUGCUGGCCCUCGUGCUGGUGUUCGUGGCCCUGCAGCUGCCCCACAGCCUGAUGGUGCUGCUGGACGCGGCCGAGCUGCUGGCCAGCUGGGAGGUGAGCUGUGCCCAGAGCCGCCGCAAGGACCUGGCGCUGCUGGUCACUGGUGGGCUGGCCUACCUGCGCUGCUGCCUCAACCCCCUGCUCUACGCCUUCCUGGGCCAGCGCUUCCGCCGGGAGCUAUGGCUGUUGGCCAGCGAUGCCGGCUGCGUGGGGCCCCUGGACCCGCGCUGCCCCGGCUGCCCCAGUCCCCGCCGGCGGACAUCGCUCUCCACCUGCCAAGACGUGGUGUAG